UGGAAGAGGCAGUCUUCAGAGCCCACGUGUUCGUGGAGCAUGGCGGAGAUGGAGAGUCAGGACGUCGCUGAGCCCGUGUCUCCCGGAGAGGCGACCAAGAGCGGUGCCCCGCCUGCCGACCGCCAUGGCUUGUUGCAGCACAGCCGCGAGUUCUUGGACUUCUUCUGGGACAUUGCGAAGCCGGAGCAGGAGACGCGGCUUGAGGCCACAGAGAAGCUGCUGGAGUAUCUGCGCACACGGCCGAAGGGAUCCGAGAUGAAAUACGCUCUGAUGCGCCUGAUCACUGGGCUCGGGGUCGGGCGAGAGACCGCCCGGCCCUGCUACAGUCUGGCCCUGGCACAGCUGCUACAGUCUUUUGAGGACAUUCCCUUAUGCAGCAUCCUGGAGCAGAUAAAAGAAAAAUAUAACCUACAGAAAGUGAAGAAGGCAAUGGUGAGACCUGCUCUCUUCGCACACCUGUUUGGGGUGCUAGCCCUCUUUCAGUCCGGCCGGCUAGUGAAGGACCAGGAGGCACUGAUGAAGUCCGUGAAGCUGCUGCAGGUCCUGACCCAGCACCACAACCACUUACAGGAGCAGCCCCAGAAGGCCCUGGUGGACAUCCUUUCUGAGGUCCCAGAGGCCACGUUAAAGGACAUCCUGCCGAAGGUGCUCAAGUCUGACUUGGGUGUGGUGCUCAGCUCCCCUGAGUACCUGGAACUCUUCCUCUUAGCCCAACAGAAGGUGCCUGCAAAGCUCGAGAAGCUGCUGGGAUCAGUAGAUCUAUUCUCAGAUGAGAAUAUUCCCAGACUGGUGAACGUGCUGAAGAUGGCUGCUGCCUCUGUGAAGAAGGAGCGCAAGCUGCCUGCUGUGGCUCUGGACCUGCUGCGCCUGGCACUUCAGGAGAACAAGUUCCCACGGUUCUGGAACGAGGUUCUGGAACAAGGGCUGCUAAAGAAGCAGUUCCUGCCGGCCAGCUUCCUGUGUUUCCGCCUGCUGGGUGCAGCCCUGCCCCUUCUGUCCAAGAAGCAGCUGCAGCUGGUGAUGCGGGGAGACGUGAUCCACCAUUACGGGGAGCACUUGGUCACUUCUAAGGCCCCGGACCGUUUCAAGUUUGCCCCAGAGAUGGACGAAUAUGUGGGUACCUUCCUGGAGGGCUGUAAGACUGACCCUGAGCGGCAGCUGGCCGUGCUGGUGGCCUUCUCCUCCAUCACCAACCAGGGCCACCCCGUCGUGCCCACCUUCUGGCGGGUCGUGCAGUUCCUAAGUCCCUGCGCCCUCAAGGACUACGUGGCCUGGCUGCGGGACAUGUUUCUCCAGCCCAACCUGGACUCGUUGGUUGACUUCAGCACCAGCAACCAGAAGAAGAACCAGGAUGCUUCGCUCCAUGUGCCUGAGCGGGCCGUGUUCCGACUGCGGAAGUGGAUCAUCCUUCGCCUGGUCAGCAUUGUGGAGAACUCUCAGGUCGAGAAGGAGGAGGCCUUGGUCGAGGAGGUGGCCAGGUUCUGUUUAUUCCAUUCGUUCUUUGAAACCAAGAAGCCCACAUCGCAAAUCCCUGAGACUGAGCAGCGGCUCUCCUUCCCCUUGGAGAGCCGGACCCGAGAGGUGGUCUGCAGCGCCUUCUUCAGUUUGCUGCAGGCCCUCAGCACACAGUUCAGGCAGGUGCCAGGCCAGACCCCAGGUGGGCAGCCCUGGACCUACCGCCUGGUGCAGUUCACAGACAUGCUGUUGAACCACAACCGCAACGUGACCACCACGACUCCCUUCACUGCACAGCAGCGCCAAGCCUGGGACCGGAUGCUGCAGACUCUGAAGGAGCUGGAGGCUCACUCCACGGAAGUCAAGGCCACAGCCUUCCAGCACCUGCUUCUCCUGGUGGGCAUCCACCUCUUCAAGUCCCCUGCAGAGAGCUGUGACCUCCUAGGCGACAUCCAGACCUGCAUCGAGAAGAGCCUGGAGGGGAAGCCCCGCCGGACCCGCUCCAAGGCUGUUGACUCCCAGGAGCCACCGUGGGUGGAGGUGCUGGUGGAGAUCCUGCUAGCCCUGCUGGCCCAGCCCAGCCACCUGAUGCGCCAGGUGGCCCGGAGCGUGUUUGGCCAUAUCUGCUCCCACCUGACUCCACGUGCCCUGCAGCUAAUCCUGGACGUGCUGAACCCUGACAAGAGCCAGGACGAGGACGAUAAUGUGGUGGUCAUGGAUGACUCUGACGACAAGCAGAACAAGAGCAAGGACGACUCAGACAGCGAGGAGGAGGAGAAAGAGAAAGAGGAAGAGGAAGAAAGUGACGAUGAGGAGGAGAGUGAUGAGGAGGACCGGGACAAGGACGUGGACCAGGGCUUCCGGGAGCAGCUGAUGGCCGUGCUGCAGGCGGGGAAGGCGCUGGGCGGAGUGGACAGUGAGGACGAGGAAGAGGAGCUGGGGGAUGAGGCCAUGAUGGCCCUGGACCAGAACCUCGCCAGCCUCUUCGCUGAGCAGAAGCUGCGCAUCCAGGCAAAGAAGGACGAGAAGAGCAAGCUGCAGAAGGAGAAGGUGCUCCGGCGGGACUUCCAGAUCAGGGUGCUGGACCUUGUCGAGGUGCUGGUGACGAAGCAGCCCGAGAACUCGCUGGUCCUGGAGCUGCUCGAGCCACUGCUGACUGUCAUCCGGCGCAGCAUGCGCACCAGCAGCUCCAAGCAGGAGCAGGACCUCCUGCACAAGACGGCCCGCAUCUUCACGCACCACCUGUGCCGGGCCCGGCAUUACUGCCACGACGUCAGCAACCACGUGGAGGCACUGCACACGCAGGUGGAGCGACUGGUGCAGCAGGCCAGCCGCCAGGCCGACUCCUCCGUCGCCCUCUACUAUUUCAAUGCCACUCUCUACCUGCUCCGGGUCUUGAAGGGCAACCCUGCCGAUGCCUUGCCCCUCAAGACCCCAAAGAAGCAGAAAGCCAGCGCCAAGGCCAAGGCCCCACAGGCAACCAGCUGCUUGGACUUGAAACGCGUGACCAUGGUCUACUCAUCAGCCCUGAGCUCCUUCCUGACCAAGCGCAACAGCCCACUCACGGUCCCCAUGUUCCUCAGCCUCUUCUGCCGGCACCCAGUACUCUGUAAAAGCCUGCUCCCCAUCGUGGUCCAGCACGUGACAGGCCCAGCGCGGCCCCGCCAGCAGGCCCAGGCCUGCCUGCUGCUCCAGAAGGCCCUGUCCAUGGGAGAGCUGAGACCAUGCUUUGAGCACUCCGAGUGGGAGCAGCUAAUUGGCCAGGUGCUGGCAAAGGUCACUGAGAACCUGCGGACGCUGGGUAAGGCGCAGACCAAGUCGGAGCAGCAGAGGGAGCUGUCCUCCUUGGAGCUGCUCAUCACGGUCCUCAAGACCAUCCACCUCCAGAAGCUGACCUUGGACCUGACCACCAUCCUGGGCCUGCUGCAGGGCCUCCAGCCAAGCCUGCAGCAGAGCCUGCAGCAGGGGGCACACUUGGCCGGCUCCAGCCGCCUUUACGAUCUCUACUGGCAGGCCAUGAAGUUCCUGGGAGUCCAGCGCCCCAAGUCAGAGAAGAAAGAUGCCAAGAAAAUCCCCAGUGACACCCAGAGUCCCGUUAGCAUGAAGCGGAAGAAAAAGGGAUUCUUGCCAGAAACCAAAAAGCGUAAGAAACGCAAGCCAGAAGAUGCCACAGAGCAAGAUGCCAAGCCAGCAACCCCUGGCGAAAAGCAGCCCCCCAGCUCAGGCAAGAAGAAGAGGCACAGGAGGAAGGCCGCGGCCUCAGCCCAGUCCCAGGUGAACGGGAAGCCUGCAGCCAAGAGUUCUGCCCCCAAUACCCCCAUCACAGGCCCCAGCACCUCUGCCACCCCCACCGCGAGCCCCAGCACCCCUGCCACCCCCACCGCGAGCCCCAGCAGCCCUGCCAAGACCCCAAAGCUUCGGAAGAAACAUCAGAAGCUAUCCCAGAUGAAUGGCACUGCUCGCACAGAGUCUGCUGGUAAAAAGCUUCAGAAGAGUCUUCCCAAAAAGGGAGCCUCAGGCAAGUCACCACAGCCUACCCUGCUACAGAAAAAGGCAAGGCUCUCUUUGGCCGAUGGGAGCCCCAGCCUCCUCCGGAGUGGGGCCAAGAGGAAGAAGGUGCAGCUGAAGAAGGGGGUUCAGCCCUAAACGCAGGCCCUGACAUCCAGCCCCUGCUUCCUUCAGCCCUAGAGACUCCUAUUUUUCCACCAUAAUUUUAAUAAAUAAGCCACAAUCUA